GCGUCUGCCCACUUCCUGCCUCCGGCGAUCUUGAUAAUCCAUGCCUAUUUUCCAAACGUUCCAUUCAUCCCGCUACUCUCUGAUUUCAUCGACGCUCGGAUCGCCUUCAUCGUUGCGCGCCCUGCCUCUAGCGCAAGUCGGCUUACAAACAUAUCGCAAAGAUGUCGAACCUCUGUUACAACUGUCACAAGAGUGACUCACCCCACUCACACAUGUGAACUUCCUCUCGAAGAAUGCUUGAACUGCGGCGCUUUUGGCCACACCUGGAACUUCUGCCAUCUCGGAGCACGCAGACUGUACUUCGCUCUCUGCCACAACUGUCAGAAAUGGCACCUCCCUUCGCCAUGUGAAGAGGAUCUAGUCCGAUGCGGUGGUUGCUUGCAACUCGGUCAUCAACAAGAGUUCUGUGCCAUCAACCCGUCCCCCAGUCACACGUUCACCAAUGGCAUGAGUGAGUUCAUCUCGCACAACCUCACCGCCCACAACGCCCAGUGGAUCUUGCACAAUGCUGCCUUGGCCGAAGAGAUCUACAAGAUCAAGAUGGGAGCAGUCAUGGACACCCUUCGACUUUCCACAGGUAGAAACCAUGAAGAGGUCCGCGCUUGUCUCGCGAAUGCUUACCGCGGUCGACCUCAAUCUUCUGGUCCCACGUCCUAUCACUUGGUACCCGCACAAUCUUCCACAUCAAGACAGCUCCCAACUCCAGCUGCUGUCAGGAUGGAUAUCAACUCCGGCCUAUCGCUGCCCCGUCCAAGCAUUCCACCGGCCCAAGCUCACAACCAAUCGUAUGAAGAUGACAAUACGCUAGCUCCGCUUCAGCUUCAGAAAGGCGGUCAACAGCGACACCAACAGACAAACUCUAAGGACACUAUCCAGCCCGUCACCGUUGGAAGUUCAUUGAGCUCUUCUACAAAGCAAGAGUCCGAGGCAAACUCAGGAGUUCCAAAGACUCUCGCAGAACCACAGACUACCUAUGAUAGUAUCCAUAACUUCCGCAUGUAUGAUGGUGAUUGUGACGGAGGCCAAGUCGAACUUGAUCACAACAGCCCAGGAGAUGCGAGCUUCUCACCAAGAAGUUCUCCUUGCGACAACCGUGCCGAUUCUACAGAAAGCAAGGAUGAGGUGGAGCAAGAACGUGAGUUCUUCGAGGGAUCAAUUUAC